AUGGAGGAUGGCCUUGAGCUUAGUUUAGGCCUCUCUUUGGGUGGUGGGUCUUCUGGGAAGUCUAAGGCAAGAGAUGCUUCUCUAGAGCCUAAAGCAGAACCUCAAGUGGAAGAGAGCAGUAGCAAAGGCGUCUCGCAACCUCCCGAUGCUCCCUUUGCGCAUUACUAUCAAGCAACUGCUGAGAACCAGGAACACAGUAGCAAGCAGAGGCAUAGCCCUGCUACCCCGCCAUUUGGAAACUUCUGGGGACAACACGGUGGCUCCUCUGCUCCAGUGGCAGAUGGAUCAAGUGAACUAAUAGCCCACCAAUCUCAGCUUCCCCAGUAUCAGGAGGGGCGGACUCCAAAUAAUAUUGGAAAUAAUUCGGAGGAAAACAUGCCAGUCUCAAGUAAACGAAAGCUGCUUUCUGAAGAGACAAGUUUUCAGAAGAAGCAUCAUUCUGCUGCUGACCAGCCUGAUGCAUUCAGUAAGAGCUCUGAGGGAGGUGUGAAAAAUGCACCGAUUUCAAUUAGCACGGAUGAUGGUUCAACAGGUGAAAAUGAGGAUGUUGCAGACUCGGAAGCAGAAGGCUCAAACUCUUGGUUGGUUGCACAGCGUGAAGACAGUGCCAAGGGCUCUGUGGUAAACAGAGGAUCCGAUAUAAAGAGAUCCAGUGAUGAUGCUACAGGUGGAUUUCAAGGAAAAAGGCAACCGAGCUUUUCAGGAAGUGAAUCUAGCUCUGGAAAGUUGCCGCAUGGAAAUCCCUUACAAGCAUCAAAUGUAGUGACUGCACAAUAUCAAGGCCAGACUCAGGUUUCAGCACCCCUGGGCAUAACUAAUGCACCCAAUUUUCCUCCAAUGUAUACAGUGCAAUUGAGGCCACCCGUAAACAAUGGACCAGCGGUCCAGACGAUGGGUGGUGCCUCCCAGGUUUCUUUUGGUUACCCAACAGGUCAGCUACCAAUACUUGAAACGAGCUCUUCAUGGGCAUUUGGUACUCCGCCUCAGGCUAUUUCUUCCUUUGCUGCAAAGCAAGCCGAACGAGCAGGAGCCAAACAAGCUGAUGAUGGAAAGAAACCUCAAGAGGCUGGCGCGUCCUCCUCUGCUCUUUUGGAGGAUGGUAAGGUCGUUGAGAAGGUAUUGCCUCUCAUGGGCUCGGGCUCUGGUAUAAGGCCGGGCAUCGCCCCGAAUGUCAAAUUCGGAGGGUCCGGAUCAUACCCUGAUCUUCCCUGGGUAUCCACAACCGGGUCUGGACCAAAUGGCAGGACCAUAUCGGGCGUAACAUACAACUUCGGCAGAAACGAAGUGAAGAUCGUGUGUGCUUGCCAUGGCACACACAUGACGCCUGAGGAGUUCACGCGACACGCUAGCGUGGACGCAACAGGCCAGGAGAACAAUGCUACCAUGUCGGCGUUUCCUGUCGGGAAUCAAGCGGCCUCAGCCCAAAACUAA